CUUCGCGUCUAGAAAAAACAAUAUGGCGGCUCAAGAAAACUUGAAGUCGUGAAUCUUGCCAAACUUUCGAUUAACGUGCAAUUCUAGACCACUUGUACUAUGGAGGGUGUCGAUAUUAUAAACCUGGACGGUCGGGAGGUUAGGCUGGCGAAGGUGGAGGGCUCCCAAGAUGUUUUCAUGACGAAACCGUUCAUUCUUCAGAAGGCAAGGUGGGUGGAGGACAAUGAAGCCGCUGUGUGCUGUUUGUGUAACAACAAGUUUAACCAGAUCCGGAGGAAACACCACUGUAGGCAAUGUGGCAGGGUGCUGUGCAGCAAGUGCUGCAAGGAUAAGGUGCCGAUGCCCCAGCUACAGUUAGAUGACCCAGAACGUGUGUGUGAGGACUGCAAACCUGUCACUGAACUGGUCACCAUGUCACGCUCACCUCUCAUGAAGUUCCAGCUCCAGUCUGCACAGGGGAUAGCAGAAGCUGUGAGGAAUCCUGACAGGAUAGGGAAGGUCAUAGAGUUAGGCGGACUGCAGACUGUUGUGUUUCUUACCUGUGUGUCGGAGAGUGAUGAAGUUAGGGCCCAGUUGGCCUCAGCCUUACACACCAUGUCUCGGUACCCAACAGUCCACAUGGCACUGGCAGCUACAGGGGCAGUCAAAGCCAUCUGCAGUAUCUUAUCUGAGGAGACAGUAGAACAGACUCUUGUAGAAGCCAUCAGUGCGCUCAUGAUCUUCUGUAAAUCACCUGAGCUCAGGACUCUCGCCAUGUCCUCAGGAGCCCUGAAGCCUGUAUUAGGCCUGUGUAACAUGCAGAAGACUAUAGCACUGCUGGCUGUCAUGACUCUGAAUCUGAUGUUAGAACACCAUGAGAACCAUGCAGCUGCUAUUGAGAAUGACAAGAAGGCCCUUCCUUCCUUGCUGAAGUUGACCACAUCAGAGGAUGAGCAGAUGCAGGAAGUUGCCCUGAAGGCUCUCAAUCAACUGGCACUGGGCACAGACUGGCACCGACACAGAAUAAUACAGGAAUCCUUCACAUCUGGGAACAUCCUGUCCAAGGUGCUGAGCAGCCAGCCUAAGAACAUGCAGGUCAUCAGUAAUGCUGCCUGUCUGGUGGCCAAUCUGGCAACUAACUCAGAGGACCAGAUCUCCCUGCACCAGUGUGUGGACUGUCUGUGCCGCAUGCUUCAGACCCACGCCCAGCACACGGAGGUUCUGACUCACGUGAGCCGAGGCAUCGCCAACUUCGCCAUGUUCCACACCAACACAGACAAGCUGGUGUCCCACCUACAGGAUAUCAUCUCGGUAGCACUCAGGUCUGCCAUUGUAGCAGUGCAGUACCAGGGUCUGAGAGCCAUCUUCUACCUGUUGUCCACCUCCCCAGACCAGACUAUUACUGCACUCAUGAGGGAGGGAGCAGCAGACGUUCUGAGAGGUGUUUCAAGCAUACCGGGAAUCAUGGGAGCCAUGCAGGCAGCUAUCACCAAAAAUGCACCACAAAGAGUCAAACCAUGGUAGUAAUGGUCUGCCAUUUGCACAUUCAGACAGAUGGAAGGAAGGAAGAAAAGAA